AUGACCAAAAGGACGUUUGUUCCCCUCUUCACUGAAAGCGGUACAGGUAGAAGCUCGGCUGUGCUUCUGCCAGGUCGCCACCCAUGCCAGUGUCUUGCCGUUCGUCAUCGCCUCAUAGGUAAUUGCACUAACUGUGGUAGGAUUGUCUGCGAACAGGAGGGCUCGGGUCCAUGCUACUUUUGCGGUGAAUUAGUGGUAUCUCCAGAAGAACGACAGAUCAUUCAGACAGACACCGUUUCUGCAAGAAAAUUUCGUGCCAAAAUUAUGUCAAACCCUUGGGCUCCUGGCACUCCCACACCACCCUACGUUGCUAGCAGACGCCCCCGGAAACGGUACGGUAAAAUCCGAAGCCGUAAUCCGGAAGACGGUGUUGUGGACGGAUAUUCGACAAAUUCCCUUGAAAAUUUAGAUGAAAAUGAAGUUACAGUGGAACUAGAAUGCGACGAUAAUCUUCCUCCUGAUAUUGACGCCCAGUCACGAUUAGAAGAAGGUCUGAUAAAAGCGGUAAUACAGCGGGAUCGGCUUUUACACUUUGAUGCGACAGCGGUCAAGCGCACUCGAGUGAUAGAUGAUGAGCUAGACUAUUUUGUUAGUGAAGGCACUGGGGCGGGCGCUGUGUGGCUGGAUCCAGACACACGGACUCGUAUUGCUCGUCGGGUGGAGGAAUUACGUGAGCAGCGACUCCUUCUUCGCUCACAAUCUGCUUUCGGGCUCAGUAUCGACUUCAACAGUAUGACGAUUACUGAGCAGGAUCUGCGUAAACAAAUGUCGGGACCGACUGAAAAUGAUCUAGCAGAACUGACUCUGCAGAAUCAGAAACAGGACAACAAAUCAGCUUUGGGCAUUUCGGAUCCCCUCCUAAAUGUGCCCACGCCGCAGGUCUUUAUGCCUCAGUCUCUUCAGAUGAAAAUUACCGAGAAGCCAGUACUGAGGAAGGGUAUGCAACCUGGUGGACGACUGGAAUCAACUAGAGUGCAGGACGCUGACCAACAGAGGUUGGCUGAUCGUGGCCUCUGUCUCAGUUUGCAUCAGCCCUGGGCCUCCUUGCUGGUUCGAGGUGUAAAAACGACGCUCAUCAUUUCAUUCUCUCUCCCUUCCGCUGAAAACGACUUCAGUCACGAAGGUCGUUCGUGGUACUCGGCACAUCGGGGACCUCUCUGGAUCGCAGCUACCGCAAAGACUCCCGAUGACGAGGAAGUCCACGCAGUGGAAGACUUCUAUCUGGACCGAGGUUCCAGAAAAACGGAUUUUCCGACAACCUACCCCACCGGUGUUCUUUUAGGCUGUCUCAACGUAGACGAUGUUCUACCACAGAAGGAAUAUCGCCUGAAGUUCCCCGAUGGCGAAUCCGAGUCUCCCUACGUCUUUAUCUGCUCGGAUCCUCGUGAACUGCUCAUCAAGUUGCCAAUGAAAGGACGCCAAAAAAUAUACCGUCUCGAGGCCCACAUUCACGUGGCGGCCAAGGAAAAUCUCACUUGA